UAUCUUCUGGGGAAAAAGAGACUCUCUGCGACUCGGGGAUAAAUGAUACGAAAAUGUAUUUUGGGAGAACAAACACAAUGUUGCUGACGGAUUUCGACGCGCAAACACAUCGAUAACAAUGGCGCGAUGCAUUCUCAUAGGCUGUCGCGAAUUAUUUGUCAAGUUGAUCGAAUUCAAGUGGAAGCCCACAUUAAGCAUUUCUUGUCGUUUCAUUCCCGUGAAUUCUGCUCUGUACAAAAUUCAUAUCCUGUUGCGUUAUCCACUUAGAUUAAACGCCGACCUUUGGCAUUAAGUCUAUCCCGUGAGGUCAUCCAACGGCGAACGGUCCACUCGCGGAUAUCGCGAGACGACGACGUCGUCCCGCCCCUCCUUUCCCUUCGCCAAAUACCUGCCAAUAAACCAGCCAUGUUGUACAAACGCGCCAGAUAACGCGCGUGAUGCAACGAUCUAGCGGACAUGCGCGACGCGGAAGACACGACUCUUGUAAUCUCUGGCCGAGCGUAUAAGUGCCGGGCGUACAACUGAUAUUCAUAUUGUCGCUGAAGCAUGCGACGUGAUUGAGACGCAGUAAGAACUUCUUUUUUAUCGUGAGCCAACGACGGUCAGGCUGAGACGAAACGUAUCUUCUCACUGGUACUCUCAACACCGGUACCACCAAGCGCCCUCGGGGAGAACUUCGCGAAAAUUGUAGAACUACUUGAGAUAUACAACGGAACCGAAGCAUGUCGAAGAUAAAAGUGCUGGACGGUGGAUUCUCCACACAGCUGUCCACCCAUGUGGGCGACAGGAUCGACGGCGAUCCGCUAUGGACGGCGCGGUUCCUCAUAACGGACCCAAAUGCUGUGUUCGCCACUCACUUGGACUUCCUGAGAGCCGGCGCCGAUAUCAUACAAACGAACACGUAUCAGGCGACGAUCGACGGUUUCGUCAAGUACGUGGGCAUCAGCGAAGAAGAGAGCCUCGAGAUAAUCCGCAGAGCCGUUGAUUACGCUAAAAACGCAGUGAACGCCUACACCAAAGAGAUAGCGGACGAUGAGAGCAUAAUGAGCCGCAACAAGCCGUUGAUCGCUGGAUCCUGCGGGCCCUAUGGCGCCUGCCAGCACGACGGCUCGGAGUACACCGGCUCGUACGGGACUCGUGUGUCGAAAGAAUUCUUGAUCAAUUGGCACCGGCCCCGUGUGCGCGCGUUGCUGGAGGAAGGUGUCAGUCUGUUGGCGAUAGAGACGAUACCUUGCGAGCGCGAAGCGGACGCCGUGGUCGAGCUGUUGAAGGAGUUCCCGGAUGCACGCGCAUGGCUGUCCUUUUCGUGCCGCGACGAUGGCAAGAACCUGGCGGACGGCACCAGCUUCCGGGAGACCGCUGUGAGAUGCUACAAGAACGCUCUACCUGGACAGAUAAUAGCGGUCGGUGUUAAUUGCAUCGCUCCGCAGCACGUCACCUCUCUGUUGAAAGGCGUGAAUAAAGGCAACACCGAUGACAAUCUCAUACCAUUGGUGGUGUACCCUAACAGUGGAGAAAAGUACCUGGUGACGGAGGGAUGGAAGAAGUGCGGGGAAGCUCCCUCUCUGCACGAGUUCAUCGACGAAUGGCUGGACCUUGGCGUCCGCUACAUCGGCGGCUGCUGCAGAACAUGCGCCGUGGACGUCAAGCGGAUUAAAUCCAAGGUGGAUCAUCGCCGAGCGACGUAGAGAUCGACGUCGACUUGGUGAUUAUCAAAAAGUGCUCCGAAUACAUUUUCAGCGUCGCUUGAUGACGAUACGUCGCGCUUAUUCACGAUAUUAUACGCUACUUGCCUUGCGAGGCAAGAUACUCUGGUACUUCGUUAGAAAUAUGUGUCAUGUUGCAAAAAUUUUAAUACAUUUUUUUUAUUGAUGUUCAGAUAACAUAGUUCCCAGAUAUAAGAACGUUAUCCUGUCGAGUGUGUACAAAAAGAUGUCAAUAAUAUAUACGAAUAAAUAUUA